GUGUAGGCAGUAGUACAACUGCUUAUAAUUCUAAUUCCUCGAGAAUAUAUUACUGCCGACGCGGUUACAUUGCUAGUUUAAAGCAAAGUAUGCCCUAUAUAAACCCAUCCACGGCACAGAUGAUGUAAACCAACACAUCCACAGCACGCCGUUCAUUCCGGCGGCCUAAGUUAACCGCGUGCGGUGCUGCGCGGUGCUGUGCAGGACAGAUCAGCCGGCGGCGUCACCAUGUCGAGGCCGAGGCUGGACGGCAAGGUGGCCAUCGUGACGGGCGGCGCGAGUGGCAUCGGCGAGGCGGCGGCGCGGCUCUUCGCGGCCAGCGGCGCCACGGUGGUCAUCGCCGACAUCCAGGACGCGCUGGGCGAGGCGGUGGCGGCCUCCGUCGCCGAGUCCAGGCCCGGCUCGUGCACGUACGCGCGGUGCGACGUGACGGACGAGGCCCAGGUGGAGGCCACGGUGGCGGCGGCCGUGGCGGCGCACGGCCGGCUCGACGUCAUGCUCAGCAACGCCGGCGUGCUGCUCCCGACGGGCCCCGUGACCGACAUGGACCUGGCGGGCCUCGACCGCGUCAUGGCCGUCAACUUCCGCGGCGCGGCGGCGUGCGUCAAGCACGCCGCGCGGGCCAUGGUGGCGGCCGGCGUGCGGGGCGCCAUCGUGUGCACGGGGAGCGUGGCGUGCGUACAGGGCGGGUUCGGCCCGGCCUCCUACACGGCGUCCAAGCACGCGCUUCUGGGCCUGGUGCGCGCCGCGGCGGGCGAGCUCGGGCGGCACGGCGUGCGCGUCAACCUCGUGUCCCCCGGCGGAGUGGCCACACCGCUGAGCUGCGCGGUGGUGGGCGUCGGCGCGGAGGAGAUGGAGGCCAUGACGGAGGCGCACAACGUGCUGCGCGGGAAGGUGCUGCGCGCGUCCGACGUGGCGGAGGCCGCGCUGUUCCUCGCAUCCGACCAGGCGGGCUUCAUCAGCGGACACAACCUCGUCGUCGACGGCGCCACCACCGCCGUCAACCCCGUCGUGCUGCAGUCCGUCGGGCUGUGAUCUGUGCCACCCACUCCGAUCAUCUCAUCAGCUCUCCUGAUCUGUUCAUACUACAGCAGCAGUUAAUAAUUAGUAGUAUUAAUAUUGUGAUGCCACGAAAAAUAUAUUGAUGUUGUGAGUUGUGACAUGAUGAGAACGUCAUAAUACUACUACUACUAUACUUA